UUGACUUACUAAGUUCAAUGGGCGUAUCGGUCGAAAAUUAACCAUUUAAUUGCUAUUGUAGUUAGAGCACACGACCGGUUUUGCCCAAUAAUAAAAUUUUGCGCUAAUUUGUCUGUGAAAAGUGGCAGGCAAUAUUAUCAGUCGACAAAUGUAUAAAUGUUAACACGAAAAUAACAUUAUUUCGAGGCACUGAUAAAAGCUGGCAAGCAAAAAUUGCAAAACGGAAACUACAAUGUCCGAGAAUAAGCAGCCGGUGGUUAGUAGAACCCAGCCCGUCGUCGACUACGGCAGUACAAUCCGGACGGAAUCACAACGCCGACCCACUUUCAUUCCGCUCGAAUCUCCGCGUCGUUAUUCAAAAAUGGGACACAACUCGCUAUCCGGUCAUGAGACGCCGAGUCGCCUGCAGAGAUUGGAAUACUUCCUGAAUGUCCUGAACCAAAUGUGCAUUGGAUUUAUCACCAUCUAUAUGUCCUACCUGACCCUGCGAACUGGAUUAGCUGGUACCGGCUUGCAUGCCUGGCUGGUCACCAUUGGGUUCUCGUUCUUCAUGGCCGAGGGAGUUAUGAUCCAUUACGGUGGAAAUGUCUUGACAAAUAGUUACAAGCGCCAAACGAAGACCACAAUUCAUUGGGUACUUCUGACAUUGGGAGGCGUUUGUGGAGCAUCUGGUGCUCUUAUCAAAAUGAUUCAGAAGGGAUUUAUGCUCCAAUCAACACAUGGGAGACUGGGAAUUACCGCAUUCGUUCUAUGCAUUUUGUCCAUGUCUUCCGGAUUGGCUGCCCUCUAUUCUCCCCGCGUGAAAAGGAUAAUUUCACCACUACUAAACAAGACGUUCCACAACUUUCUGGGAUUCGCCUGCUUUGUGAUCGCACUUGUGACCCAGUAUUACGGAUACCAGACAGGAUACUUUAAGAGCCGCAGUGAGACAGACUUUCAAAUCCUUAUGAAGUGCCUCACCCUCAUUUCUCUGGUUCUUUCGAGCUACGGACCCAUGAAGGCACUGUAUCAGAAAUUUAAAAGUAUAUCCCAGCAGUUUUAAGUAGGAGAAUUAAACCAAGCUCUUCGAAUGUACAUAGAAAAAUAAAUAUAAAUUAAAGAAGAA